AUGCAAAACACAAGAACACUCUUACUGGGCAAUAAUGCUCCCAUUAGAAACAAUUUACAGGCCAGAUUAGGAUCCUCUGCAAUGGUUGCUGGAGAAUCUGAUGAUUAUGAACAAAUAGUUAAAUCUAUUACGACAAUAAUUGUAACGAGUAUUGAAUUGAACACUCAGCACGAACAAGUACUGCAACUAAUUCUCAACACGAGCACGAAUCACUUAUCAAUCAUUAGAAUUGUGUCAUUACAAGAUUCGUUACUGACUAGAUCAACCAAUUCACUGGAGAAAAUUCUAAGAAAUGGUCAAUUGAAUGGAUUGAUGGAUGUGAUCACUAUUCAUGCUCCAUUCUUCUAUGAAGAUCUGAUCACUGACAGAGAUUCAUUCUUCAUUAAUGACAUAAAUACUACUUUGCAUAUUGUAAAAUACUAUGGAGAUGGCGACAUGAGACUGCCAAUCAUUUCAAGAGGUGAUUUGAUUUCAUACAUUGAAUGUUGUUUGGUGCUACUCAAUGAAAAUCAUAUUGCAACGACUGAGAAGAAACACUUGUACAUCAGAGGCGAUCUCAUUCGAUUGGAAUAUAUCAUUGCAACUCUCUUUGGAAGAGGAUUUCAAUAUGAAAAUGUGAGUGGAAGACCAGGAGAGGAACGACUUGCAGUGAAAUGCUCUCGUCUUGUACAAAAGUAUGAAAGUGUGCGAGUGGAUAAUCUCCUCUUUCCUUCAGUGCAUCCAUUGAGAUGGAUUGAAUUUCUCUCUCACUAA